AUGGCCUCAGAGCAUAUGAAGAGUUCGAAGAAUGAUCAUUCCGACGAGAUGACGACUAAUGAGCAUCUUGAAACUGUAAAGGAAUCAAUCCAAGAAGAUGAAUCAUACGAAGAAACUUACGAUUCAUAUGAAAAUGACCACAUUGCUGCUGAUGGUGAUGACGAUGCAGAAGAGAAGGAGGAGGACGACGAUGACGAGGAAGGCAGUGAAGAAGAUUCAAGUGAAUGCUGUCACUCCGUGGAUAGCGACGAAGGGUCCAGCACUGAAGUGGACUAUUCCACUGCACAUGAAACUGACAGUGCAGAUGAAGAGCCGGUAGUGAAGAAUAACGAUCCAUCUACGAACGAGCAGCCAUCCGCCAUCACCACAGAACCUGCUUCAACGGACAACCACCGAUCCCAAAUAGAGAACACCUCGAAACCAGAUGAGGAAACCACAUCAUAUGAUGGGAGCGCUAUCAAUUCGACUCGGAUUGUGACCGCCGAGGAAUUGCUGGAUUUGUUUACGACCGAGCUCUAUCCACCCAAUGUGCCUCGACUUCGACCACCCCAACUCACGGCAUCUCAAGAGAGUAAUCAAACGGCCUUGGUCAGCGAUGAAUCCUCCCGCGGAUCCUAUGUUAAAACCCCACAACCACCAUCAUCACUGUCACUACUCUAA